CUCCCCUCCUCUCUCGGCUCUGCUCUAUCAGUCCGCGCAUGCGCAGUAGCUCCUCUGUGCGCUCUACUGUUUGCAUUGUGUCUGAACUGCCGGCGAGCUUUAAAAAAUAUUAUACCCACCGCGGCAAUGUCGGGCAGGUCGGUCCGAGCUGAGACCCGGAGCAGGGCGAAAGAUGACAUCAAGAGGGUUAUGGCCGCUAUUGAGAAAGUACGAAAAUGGGAGAAGAAAUGGGUGACUGUUGGAGACACGUCCCUUCGCAUCUACAAGUGGGUGCCAGUGACGGAGCCCAAAUCAGAUGAUAAGAACAAAAAUAAGAAGAAGGGUAAAGAUGAGAAAUACGGCUCAGAGUUGACGACUCCAGAGAACAGCUCCUCUCCAGGGAUGAUGGACAUGCACGAUGACAACAGCAACCAGAGCUCCAUCGCCGACUCAUCCCCGGUGAAACAGGAAAACAGUUGUAGCACCAGUCCCGCCCCGGAGCCCACCGCCACGUCUCACCGCGAGAGCAGCGAGGCCAAGACUGACCAGAGCCCGGACAGCAAGAGGGGUAAGACCACCCCGUCAUCAGAGACCUCAGAGAGAGCACAAAGUGCCAAGAGAGACAGUCUGUCCUCAGGGGAGAAGGACUCUUCAGACAGCAAAGCCACUCAGGACCUAGAGGAGGAGGUCCCACCCAGCAAGAAAAGCAAAGUGGAGUCCUCGUCUCAGGACUUUGAGGAGAGUUAAAUGUUUGGGGUCACUCCUCUCCUUCACCCUCCUCCCUCCCUCCCUCUGCACCUCCCUCCAUUAACUCUAGAUAAUUUAGGGCUAAUGGAUGCACCGGCUCUCCUCUCACUACCCCCCCUCCCUCUUCUCAAUACCAAAGGGAGAAAGGACGUCUCUCUUCCUCUUCCUCUUCCUCCUCCUCCUCCUCCUCCUCCUCCUAACACUCCUCUGCCACAGAGGGAGAAUGGAUAUUACCUCUAUUCGCUGGUCCCCUCCGUGCUUCCUUCCAGUUCUCCACACUUUUUCACUAAUGCCAAGAGAAGCUCUGAACCCCCCCCAUCCUCCGUGACCAGGGGCGGCGCCGUCAGCCGAGCCGAGCCCAGCCACCGCCAGGCCAGACGACAAAACACUGACCUGCAUCUGUGACUAAAAAGAGUUAACACUGGGGAUCUGAGAUUAGGACGAGGUUGAUCCCGGGCGCUGCUCUGAGACCGCUUUGAAAACGUUUUACUGCUACUGGUUUAGCUCAGGAUACCCACGAGGCUAACCUGGUCUCAGAUCAGCGGCUUCGGGGGGAACCUCCACCCUAAGACCACGUCACUUCAAUCCUCCCGAUUCGCCUCCUGUUAGACUAAUGUUCUAUAUUUGUUUAGGAAACGUUUAGGGUUUUUUUCUCAGGAGGGUCAAUGCACUGUUAUGGUAUGUCACAAUCGAUCACAGAUAGAUUUGCUGCUGUAGUGGAAGUCUUUUUUCUCUAUCCAUGAAAAGUUCUCCAUUCAUUUUUUUUUAAAAGGUUUGUGGUUUGUAGAAGAAGACGGUACCGGUCAAGAUAAACUCUUGGAUAAGUAGUGAAGACAGGUGUAGGUAGCGUAGAUUAUGAAGGUGUGCCUUGAGUUGCUACGAUUAAAUACACGUUUUAGGUCAAGCAGGUUUUGAAUUACAAUUUUGGUGCCAUGUUUUGUUUUUGCCUUAUAAUCAUCCCUAAUUAGUAUUAUCCAAUAUUUAUAUUCAACUGCAACGCUUUUGUUUUCGUUUGAAGGGUAGUUCAACAUUUUGGGAAAUUUCUUUUGAGAGUUAGAUGAGAGGAUCGAUACCACUCUCGUGUCUGUACGCUAGAUAUGAAGCUAGAGCCAGGAGAUGGUUAGCUUAGCUUAGCAUAAAGACUGGAAACAAAGGGAAACAGCUAGCCUGGCUCUGUCUAAAUUAACCCCCCAUAAAACAGCUUGUGUUCA